UCUGCAUCAUUAUACCUCGCCCAAAUCUCCCCUAGGCCACUCUCUUUCUCUGAGAUCUCUCUCUCUCUUGAUGGAAAGAGGAAUGGCCUUCUCUGCUGGACUUAGCCUCCUUGACGUUCUUCCAGCUUCUCAAGUCUUAAGAAUGAUCCUCUUUUCUAAUCGUUUGAUCUCUUUCUCUGAUGUUCCUUAUCUCUGGCUCUCUCUGUUGAGGGGAAGAGGAAUGGCCUUUCCUGCUGGACUCAGGGUCCUUAUAAGUACCGUUCUGGUCCUAAUCCUUGUUCUUCCGGCUUCUAGUCUUAAGAAUAAUCAUCACUACUGUCCUCCUUCUUCCUGUGGCAGUAUCUCCAACAUCAGCUAUCCGCUUCGACUAAAAGGCGAUCCACCAAACUGCGGAGAUCAAAGGUUUGAGCUCUCAUGUGAUGAGAACAACCACACGUUGUUAUCUUUACAUGAUGGUAGUAAAUACUACGUAAGUCAAAUCAAUUACAACAACUACACAAUUCGAAUUGUAGACUCAGGUAUUCAGGAAGAUAAUUACUCCUUCAUCCCUCGUUAUUUUUUGAACUAUGGUAAUUUCAGUUGGCUGGAUUGGAGGAUUCCACAAUAUUCUUCAAUAGUUGUGGCUAUUGUGAACUGUGAAAAGUGGCCAAUGACUUCAACUUCCUCUUUGAUCUAUUUGGACACGAAUUGUUCUACUAUCAAUAAGGGAUAUGGGUCUUCUUCCAGGUCCUCUUUUUCUCAAGAUUCCAAACGGUACUUAUAUCUUAUUGAUGGAGUGGUGAAUGUAAUGGAUGUGGAGGAGUCAUGCACGAUAGAGCAAAUGUCUCUGACAUCAUGGCCAAUACAAAUUUCUGCUGAUCCUAAUGCUUCCUGUACAGACAUCCGCAAUGUAUUCUUAUCUGGUUUUGAACUUUCAUGGCACCAGAUUUAUUGUGGAAGCUGCGGAUACUAUAAUUGCCACUCCGAUAAUGACGAUAAUCAACCUCGUUGCCACCGAUGGAGAAAAGGAAAUACUUUCGUUAAUUUCUUCCGAGAACAUGCCGAAACUGUAGCUAAGUACACUGGAUUGUUUUGGCUCAACGGCCGAUUAACCAAACUACGAGAAUAUUAUGCAUGUUGUACUUCUGAUGGGAAUGUUAUCCGAUAUCCCAAUUUGGCAGCUUUAUUAAUUGGAUUACUGCUCGAAUGGCGUUUGUCAAUCAGUGUAUUAGGCGCUCCAUUUGUGAUUGCAUUUUUUAUAUAUAAAUGGCGAAGGAGGCACUUAUCAAUGUAUGACAAUGUUGAAGAAUUUCUGCAAGGCCAAAAUAACCUCAUGCCAAUAAGGUACUCUCUCUCAGAAAUUAAGAAAAUGACCAAAGGUUUUAGGGAAAGAUUGGGUGAAGGAGGAUAUGGCACAGUAUUUAAAGGAACACUUCGAAGUGGACAUCUUGUAGCAGUAAAGAUGUUAAGUCAAUCCAAAGCAAAUGGGCAAGAUUUUAUCAAUGAAGUAGCAACCAUUGGAAGGAUCCAUCAUGUGAAUAUCGUGCAACUCAUUGGUUUUUGUGUUCAUGGUUCAAAGCGUGCCCUUGUAUAUGAGUUCAUGCCCAAUGGAUCUCUAAACGAACACAUUUUUUCAUCGGAGCCAAAUAUCCUCAACUAUGAGAAAACAUAUGAUAUUGCUUUAGGAGUGGCUCGCGGGAUUGAGUAUUUACAUCAAGGAUGUGACAUGCAAAUUUUACAUUUCGACAUUAAACCUCACAACAUUCUUCUUGACGAGAAUUUGAAACCCAAAGUUUCGGAUUUUGGCUUAGCGAAAUUGUACCCUGUGGAAGAUAGUAUUGUUCCUUUGACUCGUGCAAGAGGAACGUUUGGAUACAUGGCUCCUGAAAUGCUUUACAAAAAUAUUGGAGGUGUUUCAUACAAAGCUGAUGUCUAUAGCUUUGGAAUGUUGUUGAUGGAAAUGGUGAGCAGAAGAAAGAACUUGAAUGUAUCUACAGAACAUUUAAGUCAAAUUUACUUCCCCACUUGGGUAUAUGAUCAAUUCCAUGAUGGAAAGAAUAUAGAAAUACAAGAUGCUACUGAAGAUGAAAGAAAACUAUGUAAGAAGAUGAUGAUAGUCGCAUUAUGGUGCAUACAAUUGAAGCCUAGCGAUCGUCCAUCAAUGAACAAAGUCGUCAAAAUGCUUGAAGGAGAUGUUGAAUGCUUACAAGUUCCUCUCAAGCCUCUCCAUCCAUCACCAAAGAGAGAGAUAAAGGAUGCUCGAGAUAAUUCAAAUCAAGCUUCAUCAUCAAUUCAAUUAGAUGAAUCAAGUCUUACUUAAUUUUUAUUGUUUAUCUUUCUAAAAUUGAACUAUCUCUUUCUAUCCUUUUUUAAGAGAAGUUUGCUUCAAGCCCACCAAAAAAGAGAAGAUCGACAAUAUAAGGUCAUAAUCUUUCUAUGCUUGUCGUAGUAUAUAUACUUCACAGUGCCCUAAAAAUAACUAUCAAUCUAAAUAUAGUUUGAUGCUACUCAUCCAUGUAUAAA